CCAGGGUUGUUAGCCCAGUUCUUCACUUAAACCUUUAUCAUUGCGAGCUGUAGAGAUGCAGAGGGAGGCUGUCGUGGAGCUGUUGGCGGCAGCGUGCAGUGCAACAGCCGCGGCUGGUUGCUUCCUCAACGAUGCUCUCUUCCUCACUGGCGCAGCCGAUGUGUACAUCGAUGGAGUGGAUGAGAUCAUGCCGGUGCACAAAGAGAAGGUUUUACGCCUUUUGGAGCUGUUGCUGCAGGAGACACACAAAGACGUACGCCUAUGGGUAGCCGCAAGGCAUGAGGCGCAGAUAUCUUUAUGCCGAGUAUUGCGUUGCACACCAGUCUUUCUUCUACCACUGUCACACUCCCAACAACUGGACUAUCUUUCAAAGCAGUGGGCUGCAAAACUGAAAGUUCAUCCUGCUGUUGUCCAGCCAUUUGCCAGAGAGAUGGUGAACGCUGUCGCCCACAUUGACAUCAAGAGAAGCAAAGAUUUUCGAAAUCAUCUCCUAGAUCCUUAUAAAAUUCUAAAAGUGAUUACCAGUGUACUUGCUAAUUCUGACUUAUCUGAUGAGCAUAGCCCUAUCACACAAGCGGAAUUAAGAUUAAUUGGGACGAAGAUAGAAAAACGAUUUAAUAAUGUGAUUACACAUCCACAUUCUGUAUUCACUCCAGAUAGUUUGCUAGGUUUGUUGCAAGAUACAUUGGAUCAUUUAACAGAAACUCUUGAUACAAAAAUAGCAUCUAUCUUUCACCAGAAAAAACAAGCGUUAGUUCAGAAUGUUUUAGAUUAUUUUGGUGUCAAUAAUGAAUCACUUCUACGGGUUCCUUUGCACAUAAAAAUGGUUGCAGAAAGUUUUGUAGAGGCUGCAGGUGCAGCUUUAAAGUCUGGUAACAGUCUUCUGAAAGAAAGACUGAAUCAUCUUGACAUAUUUCAGCAUUUUAUUGACUUAAAACGUACGAGUUUAUUGAAGAAGCAUGGGCAGAUGAAUGUCAACCCAAGCACUUGGUAUAAGGACAUGGAAGAUGAACUUUUUAUGAAGAUUCAUCAGACUUAUGCUAUGAAGAUAUUUUAUGUGUUCAUCGGUGAGAAUUGUAUAAAGUCAUUAGAAAAGGAUCUCAAGAAAUUUAAACCGUAUCUUCCGAAGGAGAAAACCGGCAUUCUCUGGCAACUAGAAAACGAGGAGUUGCAAUUCGCCCAUUUUACGUACGUCGAGUACUUCGUGGCGUCGUGGUUGUUCAAGAACCUGAGCGGCAAGCACAAGAAGGAGGCGAAACGAGUCGCGAGGACGGUGUUCGAGAGGCGCCUGGGGGAUUCGGUGGCGACCUUCCUCAACCUCAUGCUGUGCGACGGCCUCCGCCUCCACCAGGCGGCGCUGGCUGGCGACGAGGCCGCUCUGCAGGUGGCCUUGGCGCAGGGGGCG